GCCCUGCCGCCCUGGGAACUCCCUGACUGUCGCCGCGGCCCCAGGACUCGCUCUCUCCUCCCUCCUUCCCACCCGGGCUAGGGCGGCGGCGGCGGCGGCGGCAGCGGGGGCGGCAGAGACCAUCACGGGAGGAGGCAGCUGCGGCGGGGCCGAAUCCUAAUGCACCUGGCUAACUGGUGGUGAGCAGGGGGUUUGGGGCCAGCGUGGUGGGCUCCCCAAGGAAACCCCUUUGAAACCAAUGGAUGCAUUCACGGGCUCGGGUCUCAAGAGGAAGUUUGAUGAUGUGGAUGUGGGCUCAUCAGUUUCCAACUCAGAUGAUGAGAUCUCCAGCAGUGACAGUGCAGACAGCUGCGACAGCCUCAAUCCUCCUACAACUGCCAGCUUCACACCCACAUCCAUCCUGAAGCGGCAGAAGCAGCUGCGGAGGAAGAAUGUGCGCUUUGACCAGGUGACUGUGUACUACUUUGCCCGGCGCCAGGGUUUCACCAGUGUGCCCAGCCAGGGCGGCAGCUCUCUGGGCAUGGCCCAGCGCCACAACUCUGUUCGCAGCUAUACUCUCUGUGAGUUUGCUCAAGAGCAGGAGGUGAACCAUCGGGAGAUUCUCCGUGAACACCUGAAGGAGGAGAAACUCCAUGCCAAGAAGAUGAAGCUGACCAAGAAUGGGACAGUGGAGUCGGUGGAGGCCGACGGCCUGACACUGGAUGAUGUUUCAGAUGAAGAUAUUGAUGUGGAAAAUGUGGAGGUGGAUGAUUACUUCUUCCUGCAGCCCCUGCCCACCAAACGGCGACGGGCCCUGCUGAGAGCUUCUGGGGUCCACCGCAUUGAUGCUGAAGAGAAGCAAGAACUUCGAGCCAUCCGCCUGUCACGGGAAGAGUGUGGUUGUGACUGUCGACUGUACUGUGACCCGGAAGCGUGUGCCUGUAGCCAGGCUGGGAUUAAAUGCCAGGUGGAUCGCAUGUCCUUUCCAUGUGGCUGCUCCCGGGAUGGCUGCGGGAACAUGGCUGGCCGCAUUGAAUUCAAUCCAAUUCGGGUCCGGACUCAUUACCUCCACACCAUCAUGAAGCUGGAGCUGGAGAGCAAGCGGCAGGUGAGCCGCCCGCCAGCGCCGGACGAGGAGCCCUCCCCGACUGCCAGCUGCAGCCUGGCCGCAGCCCAGGGCUCAGAGACACAGGACUUCCAGGAGUUCAUUGCUGAGAACGAGACGGCAGUGAUGCACCUGCAGAGCGCGGAGGAACUGGAGCGGCUCAAGGCGGAGGAGGACUCCAGCGGCUCCAGUGCCAGCCUGGACUCCAGCAUAGAGAGCCUGGGCGUGUGCAUCCUGGAGGAGCCCCUGGCUGUCCCCGAAGAGCUGUGCCCAGGCCUCACGGCCCCCAUUCUCAUCCAGGCUCAGCUGCCCCCAGGCUCCUCCGUGCUGUGUUUUGCCGAGAACUCGGACCACCCAGCCGCCUCGGCAGUGAACAACGCAUCCUACUUGAACAGUGGGCCCCUAGUCUAUUACCAGGUGGAGCAGAGGCCAGUCCUGGGGGUGAAAGGAGAGCCUGAUACAGAAGAAGUCCCAUCCUCUUUCCCCAAGGAGAAGGAUCUGAAUGUCUUCUCUCUCCCUGUUACCUCACUGGUGGCUUGUAGCCCCACAGACCCGGCUGCCCUCUGUAAAUCAGAGGUGGGGAAAACAUCCACUCUAGAAGCACUAGUACCCGAAGAUUGUAACCCUGAGGAGCCUGGGAAUGAAGACUUCCGUCCCUCCUGGUCCCCCUCCAGCCUCCCCUUCCGCACGGACAAUGAAGAGGGCUGUGUGGUGGAGAAGACCGCACAGCGGAGUGAGGACCGGCCCCCCGAAGAGCCUUCCCCGGAGCUCCCUCUGGCAGUGUGACACGGGGAUGGAGAUUCUGCCUCUCACCCAGUCUCUAUUUAUUCCCUUAUUUUAUCUAACACCAUUUCAAAACAAAACUGUAGAAGCAGCUGCUGCUCCCUUGUUAUUUUAUUGGGGUCUCUGGGGGUUGGGUGGGAAAGGAUUGUUUGUACAAGUAUUUUUUAAAGGGCAGACAGAACCAAGGAGACCAGCCCCAGCUCAAUCUGGGGCGACAGUCGGGGCAGAGGAGGCUGCAUACUGAGCUUGCUGGGCCACCGGAACAAAGAACGAGGAUCUCACAGGAGAAGCCGGGUAAUUCAAGCAGCUAUUCAUGUAGGGACCAGAACACAGCAAUUUGAACAGCAUGGCAAAGCCCCUCCCCCUCUCCUGGGCUCCAGGUGGGGUACAGGCUCAUUUUCCUCAGUGGUUACUCUGAUCCCCCAUCUUGGUGUAUCAUAAUAAUACAGUUGAAAUGUCACCUGGUCGAAUCUAAAGAAGAGGGGGUGGAAGGGUCUCUGCUUCUGUACAAAACCUCCAGGAUUUCUAAAAAUUUGACCUGCCUUUCCUGGCCCCCUAUUUGGUAAAUAAGUUAAUAUUUGACAUGUUUGGUGUUCUCUGACCUGCUCCCCACACUGGGGAUUCCUGGUCUGUAACUUGAAUUGUUUCUUUCACAUGUUCUUAGGUACUAGA